AAAGAUCGAAGCGAAAGGGCAACGAAGAGGCUCUCCGGCGGUGGCGAUGGCGGCGGAGAAGACAUCGCCAGCUGGGAAUCUCGGUCUCCAGCUCAAGCAAGUGACGCUGCUUCCCUUCGAGCAGCCAUCUCGUUUGCAGAAGCCAAUCGAAGCUACGGAGAACUCACUCCCUUUGGGCCCCGAUGCCGAGGAUGGGGAUUGCAUCCUCAGCCAAGAUUUCUUCUGCACACCUGAUUAUAUAACGCCGGAUGGGCAGCAGAUUUUGAGCGAUUUCGAGUUCAAUAAGGAGCAUUUGGCUUGCCCCAAAUCACCUGAGAAAUCGAUCAGGACUAAAAGGCACAGGAAAGAGAACUCCCCUUGCAAAACUCUGGCUCCCAGCCUGUUAUGCCCACAGCAGACUAUAGAACUUCAGAAUGGUCUUCUUGGCUCAGAUACAACUGAGGAAGCCAAUUCAUCAAGAUAUGAAAAACCAAAAAAGCCAAACUAUGUUUCUCAAUCUGCGGUUGCUCUGCGCUGUCGGGUGAUGCCUCCUCCAUGUGUGAAAAACCCAUAUCUGAAACCUACUUUAGCAAAUGACCUUGAACUUUUUGGGGACAGAAGAUCAAAAUUGGCAGAAUUUCCUAUUGGUUUUACUGGAGGUUUUUCUCCAACAAUUGGUGGAGAUGGACUUUCACGGUAUCGAACUGAUUUCCAUGAGAUUGAGCAAAUUGGAUUAGGAAACUUCAGUCGAGUCUUCAAAGUUUUAAAGAGAAUAGAUGGCUGCUUGUAUGCUGUAAAGCGUAACACACACCCCUUUCACAAUGACAUGGAAAGGAUGCGUGCAUUAAUGGAGGUUCAAGCUUUGGCAGCAUUAGGGUCCCAUGAAAAUAUAGUCGGAUAUUACACUUCCUGGUUCGAAAAUGAUCAACUUUACAUUCAAAUGGAACUUUGCGAUCAGAGCUUAUAUAUUAACGGAGGUUAUGUGCCCAGAGGUGCAGAAGUCCUGCAAGCAUUGUAUCAGAUAGCUAAAGCACUGCAAUUUAUUCAUGAACAUGGCAUAGCUCACAUGGAUGUAAAGCCGGAGAAUAUUUAUAUAAAGAAUGGCAUCUAUAAACUAGGUGAUUUUGGUUGUGCAACUCUUAUGGAUAGGAGUUUGCGCAUUGAAGAUGGUGAUUCAAGGUACAUGCCCUUGGAGAUGCUUAAUGACAAAUAUGAGCACCUAGACAAAGUUGAUAUUUUCUCCUUGGGUGCAACAAUCUACGAGCUCGUCAAAGGUUCCCCAUUGCCAGAUUCCGGUCCUCAAUUCUCUAAUCUCAGGGAGGGCAAGAUCUCAUUGCUUCCCGGAUAUUCUUUGCAGUUUCAAAUCUUACUGAAGGCUAUGAUGGAUCCUGACCCGGAAAGGCGGCCGUCGGCGAAGGAAAUCAUCGAAAAUUCAAUAUUUGAGAAAACAUGCAGGAACACAAACUGACACACUUCAUUCUGGAGGAAUACAAGUUAACAGAGAUAAUGCUCAAGUUUGAGGGACUUUUACUUUUGACAACCUGCAUCUCAGAAGAGACUCUCAAAGUGCAUUCUUGAAUCCAUUUUGUAGCAAAUAUCAGGAUUCUCUUGUGCCCAAUUUUGUAAAGUCUAAUACCCAUGCAGGCUUGUUUGAACUAUAAACAAAACAGUAUCUAAAGUUUCUGAUG